AUCACCGGCUUGGGACCGAUAAAAGAUGCCCGGAUCUCAAAAGACAGCAAUAUCAUUGCAGGAAUUUCCCCAGAGAGGGGAUUUCGCGCUUGUAUCGAGUGCCGACGAAAGAAGACAAGGUGUAUGCAAGAGACUCUGAAUCCUCCUGCGAAUCUACCCACGUCACUCACCUUAAAGCUGUAGGCGACAUGCGUCAACCCAUAUGCGGCCUUUGUCGCAGAACAGGAGGGUCUUGCACAUUCCCGACAAAGAGGAAAGCCCCUGAAGUUCGGAAACGACCUGCAAAGCAGACGGAAUCAAACGUUAUAGAUUCUCAAAGGCUUGAACAUCUUGUCAGCCUUCUUGAAUCUAGACUCGACGAGACCCCAAAAAGCAAAAGCUCCACAGGAGAAUCUCCGGGAAGAGAGCAAGGCAGCGCUCAAUCAAGUGCUACGAGCCCUAGUUACUCCGGAUCAGUUUGGACUUGUCGAGAAGAUGCGGAGCAGGACGUCAUCAUAACUUUAGCCUCUACUCCGGCCAACUCAACAAGCCAUUGUCUUGGAUCCAGAGCUGAACAAAAAGUCGAAACCAAACCUAGAACUACUGACAAAAGCACAAGAGAGACUUUAUACCGGCCCCAGAUACCUGAAAAAGUGGUGACAGAGCUCGUCAAUCUAUACUUCGACAAGAUUCAAGCAUGGUUGCCAUUGCUUCAUCGGCCAAACUUCUUCGCCAAGUACAUGGUUGAUGGUAGCUUCCAAGAAGACAGGCUACUUGAGAUGUCGCUAGAAGAGGGUCUGCUGUUACAUGGUAUCUUUGCUCUUGCCGCGCGACACUCAAAUAAUGAGUACUUCAAGGGAUUAUCGUCACCGAAUCGUGGGGAGAGCUUCGCCGAACGGGCGAUUCAAUAUUACGGCAAACUGCGAUCGUCCGAUAGCGAGACAACGUUGGAAUAUUUACAGGGGUGUAUAUUGUUGGCCUUUUAUCUCUACACGGCCGGCCCAAGUCAUCAAGCAUGGAUACUCACCGGGGUAUGUGCUCGCUUAGCUUACGACCUGGACCUGUGCUAUAUGGACGAAGAAGACGGCGGCAAUGAGAUGGCGUACACAGAGUGGUCGGCAGAAGAGGAGCGUAGGAGAGCAUUUUGGCUUGUAUGGGAGAUCGAUACGUUUGCUUCAACCCUGUCAAUGAGGCCGCGAGGACUCAACAGCCAACGGAUCGUUUCGCCAGUUAUUCCCCUUGAUCCAUCACAGGCUUGGAAAGUCUUGCUCGACUCCCCGAACAAAGACGAACGAGCGUGGUUCCUCGUGGCCAAUCAUCUAAUGGCUUUAGCAUACGAGGCAGCUUCAGGCCCGCAGAAGUCUCAGCGAGAACAUAGCAAUUUGGCGAGCUCAAUCACUUACUUCUCUCUUGCAGUUUCUCAGAGAUUUGGACUGGAAACAAACCCACCUGUCUUCACUGCCAAGACUUUUGCGAACGCCAAUUGGAUUGUUGGCAUGCAUUUGAUGUUGGCGAAUACUCGAGCGUGCUUACACGCUCUGACAGUGGCACCAGCGUCGGGUGAUGAGACGUUUGGAGAUGACUAUUCGAGAAUCUUCAAUCGUUGGCACCCCGAAUACAUCGCCCUCAGUCACCCAUUCCUUGCCGGAACACUUCUCUCUGCUCGCACUUUUCCAUCUACGUUCUCGUCGCGUUCAUUGAGCUCAUCAUGUAACCAAGAGCUUUCGACCCUAAUCCUUUCUCACUUUGCUACUUUUUGGAAGCUGGGCUCUGUGCUGCUGGGUGAGUGCCUCAUUUUUCAUACUGAGACAAUCUACGCGGUCUAA